AUGCGUCUCGCUAUGCCAGAACCCGUCACCAGCAAGCCCCAUCGCCCUCGGGUUAUUUACUACCACCAGACCCAGUACUCCAAGGGCGAAUACGUCUCCAUCCUCCCCGCUCUCAGGCCCUCGGCUGGUGUUACCCACGUUAUCGUCGCCGCGAUCCACCUCAAUGCGCCCGACAAAAUCAACCUGAACGACCAUCUCUAUGACUCCGAAAGGUUCGACACCUUGUGGGCAGAGGUCCGACAGCUCCAGGCCGCGGGAAUCAAAGUCCUCGGCAUGCUCGGCGGGGCUGCGCAAGGCUCGUAUUCCAGGCUUGACGGCACGCUCGAGGGCUUUCAUAAAUACUACCAACCGCUUCGAAAGAUGAUCGCCUGGGCGGGACUUGAUGGACUGGACUUGGAUAUCGAGGAAGCCAUGUCCCUUGGAGGAGUGGUUCGCCUUAUCGAUCAUCUGAAGACCGACUUUGGACAGUCCUUCCUCGUCACGCUUGCACCCGUCGCGCCGGCCUUGCUAAAUCGACAAAACCUGGGUGGUUUCAACAUCGAAGAGCUGGAAAAGGGCCUGGGAUCACGAAUAGCAUGGUAUAAUACCCAGUUCUACUGUGGCUGGGGCGAUAUGAGCAAGCCACAUGGCUACGACUCCAUCAUUGCGCGAGGGUGGCCACAGGAAAAGAUCGUCGUAGGCCUGGUGACAAACCCUGCCAAUGGCGCAGGGUGGGUCAAAGACGACGAGCUCAGGGCGUGCAUACAAGAGCUACUGACAAGAUAUCCCAGAAUUGGAGGUGUGAUGGGGUGGGAGUACUACAACGCGGUGACGGAAAGCCAUCCUGACGAGGGAAGCCCCUGGAAAUGGGCAGAGAUGAUGAAUGAAAUCCUGAAUUUGGAUUCAAAGGAGUAG